AGAGGCACGGACCCGGCGUGCUUUCUGGGCCUCCGGGAGGGGUGGGGCGGUGGGGGUGCAGACCAUGGGGGAGGGGCUGCCACCCCGCAGCAUCCGCCGCCCCUCUGCCCGCCCCAUCAACGCCCCCUCCCCCGCGCCUCCCAGCCCCGCAGCCGCCCCAAGGCCACGCAGCGCGGCGCGCAGGAACCCCGCGCCCCGCAGCCGGCCCCCUGGCUGGCCGCCGCGGCCCGCAGCGAGGCCGGGCGGGCGGGCGCCUACCUGCAGGCCCUUGGAGAAGGGGCAGAAGAGCACCAGGGAAGCCGCUGCACUCACCUUUCUUGCCGUGCGGUUGCGCCCGCGUAGACCUGCAGACCCGCAGCCGCCGCCGCCUCCGGGCCGUCUCUCUUUGAGCCCCCGCGGCCCCGGCCCUGAUCGUGGCCCCGCGUUCCAGAAACCGGGUGCAGCGGGGACAGCCUCGGGUCUGGCCUGUCACCGGCAGAAGCGAGAAAUUCGGUGCCCUGGUCCGUGCGGAGCCGCGCGCCGGCCCGGGCUGGGUCAGCGUCCAUCGGCGGACGUGGGGUGGCCAGGGGCGCAGCUGCUGCGAACUUUCGCCCUGGGUUUUGUUGAAGGGUUUUUGGUACAGCAGUGUCCCCCCCUUACCCGCUGUCUCAGUUCGCAUGCUGGCCACGGUCCGGAAGCAGAUGACCCUCCUUCAGACGGAGGCUCAGGCCUGCAGCUGCCUCCCGCUGCACCACGCCCCUGCGCCCCUCACCUGCAUCCUCCCGCCACGUGGGCAUCUCAUCCUCUAACCGCAUCCAGGAAGGUUUACAAGCUGAGCUUAACCACAGACAUGGUUUCUGUCUUGGAGUUGAAAAUGGCUGCUCCCCGUUCCAGCCUCACUGCCACGCUCCAGCCGUCACCUCCAGGCUCCAGCGGCACCUCCACGUCCAGCCGUCACCUCCAGCUCCAGUGUCACCUCCACGGUCCAGCGUCACCUCCAGCUCCAGCCGUCACCUCCACGCUCCAGCCGUCACCUCCAGCUGCAGCGUCACCUCCAGCUCCAGCCAUCACCUCCACGCUCCAGCCAUCACCUCCACGCUCCAGCCGUCACCUCCACGGUCCAGCCGUCACCUCCACGCUCCAGCCAUCACCUCCACGCUCCAGCCGUCACCUCCAGCUCCAGCGUCACCUCCAGCUCCAGCCGUCACCUCCACGCUCCAGCCGUCACCUCCACGCUCCAGCGUCACCUCCACAUCCAGCCGUCACCUCCAGCUCCAGCGUCACCUCCACGGUCCAGCGUCACCUCCAGCUCCAGCCAUCACCUCCCGCUCCAGCGUCACCUCCACGCUCCAGAGUCACCUCCAGCUCCAGCCGUCACCUCCAGCUCCAGCCGUCACCUCCACGCUCCAGCCGUCACCUCCACGCUCCAGCGUCACCUCCACGCUCCAGCCGUCACCUCCACGCUCCAGCCGUCACCUCCAGCUCCAGCCGUCACCUCCACGCUCCAGCGUCACCUCCACGCUCCAGCCGUCACCUCCAGCUCCAGCGUCACCUCCAGCUCCAGCCGUCACCUCCACGCUCCAGCCGUCACCUCCACGCUCCAGCCGUCACCUCCACGCUCCAGCCGUCACCUCCAGCUGCAGCGUCACCUCCAGCUCCAGCCGUCACCUCCACGCUCCAGCCGUCACCUCCACGGUCCAGCGUCACCUCCACGCUCCAGCCGUCACCUCCACGCUCCAGCCGUCACCUCCAGCUCCAGCGUCACCUCCAGCUCCAGCCGUCACCUCCAUGCUCCAGCUGUCACCUCCAGCUCCAGCGUCACCUCCAGCUCCAGCCAUCACCUCCACACUCCAGCCGUCACCUCCACGCUCCAGCGUCACCUCCACGCUUCAGCAUCACCUCCACGCUCCAGCCGUUACCUCCACGCUCCAGCGUCGCCUCCAUGCUCCAGCCGUCACCUCCACACUCUAGCAAGGAGGAAGAGCAAAAAAGUGAAAAGCCUGCCUCUCCUUUUAAGGACCUGGAAAUGCGUACCACUUCUGUCCCAGUCCCUGCAAGCCUAGUCACAUGACCACCCUUGCUGCAGAAAAGUCUGGAAAUGUAGUCUUCCUCUGGAGAGCCCGCGUCCCACUAAAACUCCAGGAUGCUGGGACCCUGUAGUCUUGGGCACAAGUCACAGGAAAAAUGGAGAAAUGACUUAGGCCCCUGGACACAUCGCCCUUCCAGAUAUAGCCCAUCCCACUGCCCACCUUGGACUGAAGUCAGGAGUCACGUCGUCCCCUUCAGACAGGUGUUCUGGGAGGGGUGGAGAAUGGGGAGCCCAGCACAUGGUGGGGAUGCCAUCAGGCCUGGGGAAGGUGAUGUCUGCAUGAAGACCUAGAGGAUGAGGGACGGGGGUGGGGGUGCGGCCAGGGAGGAGCUGGGUUCCAGGACAAGGAACAGAGUGCGCAGAGGCCCAGAGGCAGCAGACUGGACCAGAUAGGAACUGUAUGCAUUCUAGCAGGGUGUGCAGUGGGAGGUCUGAGCUAGGCAGCAGGGUCCUGAGGGGCCUCAGUGGGGAGUCUGGACCCAGAACUUCAGCCCAGAGGGCCCAGGAUCCCAUGGACAGCUGCACAGACCAAUGGCCAGUGGCUCAGCGGGCUCACUCUGGCUUGGAAAUGGAGACUGGAGCAAAGGGGUUUGCCUGAGGGCUGCUGGGGGCCCAGGACCACCUCCCUGGCAGGCUGGGCGCUCCAGGCAUGCAGGGAAGAAGGGCCACUAUUUCAGUGUGGGGGCUUUGGAGAGGAGAGGAAGCCUGGAAGCUUUCGGGGCUCCAGUGCCAGCCCUUCAGGUCAGGGGAUGGUGUGCAGGAGUCAGGGGGAAGGAUGGGCUGGAUACUGUCAAGAGCUCAGGGCCACCUCCCCAGGCUUGGGGCCAUCUCUGUCUGCUCAGGGACAGCCAGGGGCAGGAGUUAUGGGGCCCUCCCGACAGCGGUCCCAGCCUGCUCCUCACUGUGUCCUCUCCUCUCAUAAGGGCCCCGGCUGGGAUGUCGGGCCCAUCCAGGCAACCCAGGGUGACGUCACCUCGAGAUCCUUGGUUAUCUCUGCAAAGGUCACAAGUAAGGCCACACUCAUAGGUUCCAGGUGGACACAAUUCCGUGUGGGGGCAUCGUUCAACCCACCACAAUGACAAAAGCAAAUUACAAAGCAGUGUGUGUAGAAUGAGAUGGUUUUUGUUACGAA